AUGGUGGGAACAGUAGUGAAGGAUUUGAUGGCUAAGCAGGCCGACAGGAUAGAGACGUCCUUCGUUGCCGCAAUGGACAGAUUCUCCUCAGAACUACGGACGCUCUUUCAGGAAAGGAUGCCGCCGUCAUCCACAACACCUCCCAGAGACGGACAAAGAAGCCAAGAGCGUGAAAGGUUCGAGCUCUACAGUGAAAGCAGCAGCCUCGGCACCUCUGCCCGUACCCAAGCGUCAGGCUACGGCCAGCAUUCUCAGCCGCCGACCGAUAACUGGGGGCAAUCCCAGCCAAUAGGGGUAAGUCCUAGGCCGACCUGCCUAGUAAAAACGGCGCGCGGCCCACUCCAUGCUUUGGCCGUACCAUUAGGGAGAAGCAGCCCCACGCGUUCCGCGGCCCAGCAAACCGGCCCAGUUCAUACCAUGGCUGUCCAGCCCAACGCAACAUGCACUCGCCCCGGCCAAACCUACGACGCUUAUCUAAUGCCGCACGGCACGACCGAAACGGCCGAGCCCUUCGUUCAGAUGGCCCAGCAGACUAAGCCAUCGGACGAUAGGCCGCAGGUCCAGCGGCCACUUCCAACCCAGCUGGAGUCGCUCCCUCAGGGUCCUCAGACCGAAGGGGUCCGGCGCGCGACCAAGGACGGCCUAGCCCAGAGGUGGCCGGAAACGUCGAGUUGCACUAAGCCGUACACACUUGGAAAGCCCAGGACUUGGCGCGACUUGCUCCCUAAGGUUUUUUGGGCGCGCCACACAUCAAAACACUCGGCUAUGGGCACAUCCCCUUAUGUCGAGACCUUCGGCCGUGGUAUUAAUAAACUAAUAGAGCUAAAGGCUCAAUUUCUUCGGACUUUCAAGUGA